ACAUGGGAACGCGAUGUUUCGUCGAUAAUGAUACUAUUACGCUAUCGAACUACUGUCAUGGCAAACCAACACCGAUGCUGCCGAAUAACGAAUACAGCAGUGCAAAUAUAACGUUAGGUGAUGAAGACCAGCGAAAAAAAACACAUUAAUACAUCAACAUUAACUUGAAUAGAAUAUAAAUGACUGGGUGGUGUAACAGGUAGCAUUAAAAUGAUAGGACGGUUCAUGUUAAAUCGUGAGUGUUAAUGUUGCCUCCCGGUGGUUCAACACAGUAUCGGACAGAAAAAUUGCCACGGGAAAAAAAAUGGGGGAAUAAAACUAACUAGGCCACCAGGCCUUCGAGCCUGUGUAUUAAAGUUACCAUGGUGACACGAUGCUAGCUGGAAGUAUAGAAAGCAAAAAAAUGGAGAGAGAGAGAGAGAGAGAAGGAGAUUAAUGCCCCUGUGUGUCCCUCACUCAUCCCCGGGAGGAGUGGACGUGAUGGCCCGGUCAGUGUGCUCGCUCUCCGGAGCACUAAAGCUUGUGUUCGGCAACCGGUCGACCAGGUUUCAUGGUGCAGCGACGUUUGAUCGGAGACACAAUUCGACUCACACUGUGAGUUGUUCAGUAUAUAAAACAUGUUUUCUUAAAGGAGUUCAAGCAACAAAUACCUUAUGGCCUCAUAAGCCCCCCACCUUGUGGAAUUCAACAUGUCUUUAGGCAUGUCCACAAGAGCACCGACAUUGUUUGGUCCCACUAAUGUCCCGGCAUUGUCAUCAAGAAGCUGCAGCCUCCCCCGGCGCGGUAUGGAGGCAGGCACACUGUAACACUGAUCCCUGGUGACGGCAUCGGACCAGAGCUGGCAAAACACGUGUGUGAACUUUUCCGGUUCUGCUGUGUGCCAGUGGACUUUGAGGUUGUCGAUGUGGACUCAUCCAUGGCCUCAGAAGAUGACAUUGAUGAUGCCAUAAUGGCGAUCAGACGCAAUGGAGUAGCACUAAAAGGUAACAUUGAAACCAACCACAACCUGCCACCAUCCUACAAGUCCAGGAACAACCUGCUGCGCACCACUCUGGAUCUCUAUGCCAAUGUGAUGCACUGCCAGUCUCUACCAGGAGUGCGGACGCGACACAGAAAGAUCGACAUCAUGAUCGUGAGGGAGAACACAGAGGGCGAGUACAGCAGCCUGGAGCACGAGAAUGUACCGGGCGUUGUUGAAUGUCUGAAGAUCAUUACCAAGACGAAAUCUCUGCGCAUCGCGGAUUACGCAUUCCAAACUGCUCGGGCCAAAGGACGGCGACUAGUCACUGCUGUGCACAAGGCUAAUAUCAUGAAGUUGGGUGAUGGCCUCUUCCUGGAAUGCUGUAAAGAGGUUGCGAGCGGUUAUCCUGAAAUCUCCUUUGAGAGCAUGAUCGUGGACAACACCACCAUGCAGCUGGUUUCCAGGCCCCAGCAGUUCGAUGUGAUGGUCAUGCCCAACCUGUAUGGAAACGUCGUGAGCAAUGUGUGCGCUGGGCUCGUUGGGGGACCGGGUCUGGUGCCUGGAGCAAACUACGGAGAGAACUACGCAGUGUUUGAGACGGGCACCAGGAACACCGGGAAGAGUAUUGCUAACAGCAACACAGCCAACCCCACGGCCAUGCUGCUGGCCUCCUGCCUGCUGCUGGAUCACCUCAAGCUCCACGACUACGCCAGCAUGAUCCGCAGAGCCGUUCUCUCCACCCUCACUGAGACUAAGCUGCACACUGCUGAUCUGGGAGGCCAAGGCUCCACCUCAGAAGUGCUCCAGCGUGUCAUGAAUGCAGUUCAGAGCACCGGGCCCCGGACGCUGAGCAUGUAGAACAAACAUGUGUGCCUGUCUUUAGUUGUUCUUCAAUGCACUUUCAGAAAAACAGCAAGUUUGGGGAUUACUAUACUGAUAUAAAAUGUAAUGGGUUUUUUUUUUUUAUCUUAGUAGAGUUUCCUCUCCUCCCGACUGUUUAUGCACUUCUUUUCAGUUUACAUCCUUUACCUGAGCCAACCAUCAUGCUGUUCCCUGUGUGAGACAGACCCAAUGCUACACCUGUUUUCUGUUACACCCAAUCCUUUACAUGUUUAUUAGUUGUUUAAUGUAUUUAGUAUGACGUGAAACCAGUUAUAUUUCAUACGUUUAAUUUAUUUCAUCCAAACAGAUGUUUUACUACUGAAUGUAGUAGGCAUUGAUGAAGUUAGUAAAGACAAUAAAAUCCAUGUCCCCGUA